AAGGUUUUUAGUGUCGGGAGUCCUUAUCCUAAGCUUUCCCUGUGGUGUGGUCCACUUAAGUUCUAAAAAUUUCUCAUUUUGUUCUAUCAAGGAUAAUAUAAGGGUUUUUACAUGGUAAACGGAUUGGAUGACAAUAAAAAAUCAAAUUAGGUCUCACACAUUGUGCUGUAUGUUACUAUUAACCUACACAGGUUUGUAAUAUUGGAUACAGCCUGGUCAAUACAUAUACUCACAUGCAUGGUGCCUGUAGCCACGCUAUUUUUUCUGUGAAGCAACUAAAAAAGAUCCGUACAUUGCGAGGCACCGGAUUCAUGGAGGGACACAAGCCUACCAUAGCCAUGGUAGCGUUGCAAAUAUCGUAUGCAGCCGUGAAUCUCACCUCAAGAGCAGCUCUUACACAUGGGAUGAGUCCAAGGGUCGUUGUUGUCUACAGGCAAGCCAUAGCUACUAUUGUCAUGGCACCCAUUGCUUAUUUUGUUGAGAGGUGGAGAAAACCGACUGCAACAGCUUUAGGAGUAAAGAGCUUGUCUUUGAUGUUUAUUAUCUCUCUAAUUGGGGUAACAGCUAAUCAAAACUGCUAUUUCAUGGGCAUGUCUCUCACAUCAUCAUCGAUUGCAAGCGCUAUGGGUAACCUACUUCCAGCAGUUACUUUCGUGAUGGCAGCUUCUUUAGGAUUGGAGAAAGUCAAUAUAAGAAGUUUGGUGAGCGUAGCUAAGGUGAUCGGAACCGUUGUUUGCGUUAUGGGAGCAGUGUCCAUGGCAUCGAUCAAGGGCUCAAAGCUUCUCAACGUGGAAUUCCCAACAUCCAACUUUAUUUUCCAAUCAAAGGCUGAGAAUUGGGUUUUGGGUUGUGCUCUUCUCUUUGGAAGCUGUUGUUGCUGGUCAGUAUGGCUAAUUUUACAGGUACCCAUGUCUAAAAGGUAUCCUGACCAUCUAUCUUUAUCGGCUUGGAUGUGUUUCUUUGCAACGAUUCAAUCAGGAACGGUCGCGAUCUUCUUAGGACCGGACCUAAAAGCUUGGGAGUUGAAUUCAAGCAUUAAAAUCUUGUGUUCUAUCUAUACUGGAAUUAUGGGAUCUGGGAUCUUAUUUUACGUGCAAUCAUGGUGCAUUUCAAAAAGAGGGCCCCUAUUCUCUGCAAUGUUCAACCCCUUAUGUACGGUGAUAGUGACCAUUUCAGCUUGUGAUUUCCUCCAUGAAGAGCUUUACGUUGGAAGCUUGGUAGGUGCUAUUGCUGUUGUGGGUGGGCUGUAUGCCGUUCUUUGGGGAAAGGCCCAUGAUAUAGAUGCUAGGAUGGAGGUAAGCCCAAGAGAUGGUUCCGUACAGAUAAAAGCCUCUUCAGAUGAAUCAACGGACGGUUGUAAAAUUGACAUCAAGGAGCCCCUGUUGGGUGAUAAAUUGCAAGCUAUUGACCGAAACGAGACUACCCAAUGA